UCUUACGGAUGCAGAGGCAUCGUAAAAACUCAAAUGGAAUUUGUGUUUUCAAAGAUUUUGUGCUUACUGUGCAUUGACUGCAAUAUGCUGAUGGAAUAAGGAACAAAAGGAGAGUUACUUUGAAAAACUGAAAAUGUUCCUUGUCGAGGAAGUUCAGAAACUUGACAGGAGUGCAAGAUGGAAUUACACAUUUCAGGUAUUGAAUUUGGAGACCAGAAAAGUUGUAGAAAACUUCACCUUGAAAGCAGCUAGACAACCAGAGCAUAGGAAUUUGAACAGAUACAGAGAUGUCCUGCCAUAUGACCACUCAAGGGUUGAGCUUGAAGCUGGAAAUACAAACUACAUAAAUGGAAAUCUUGUUGAGGUUGAUGAAAUUGGCAGAAAGUAUAUUUUGACACAGGGUCCCUUGCCUGAUACCUGUGGGCACUUCUGGCAAAUGGCAUGGGAGCAGAAUAGUGGAGCAGUUAUCAUGCUUAACAAGGUUAUUGAAAAAAAUGCUGUAAAGUGUCAUCCAUAUUGGCCCAUGGGAGAGGAUGAGGUUAUUGAGUAUGGUGAUUACACAGUAAAAAAUCUCUCUGAACGGUCAGAAUCAGCUUAUGUAGUCAGGGACUUACAGCUCGAACAUACUCCGAGUGGCAAGUCUCGAAGCAUAAAGCAAUUUCAUUUUAUGCUGUGGCCUGAUUUUGGUGUCCCUUCAACUCCUGAAACGUUUUUAGAGUUUCUGUACGACAUUCGAGAUUCUGGUGUUUUUGACCCGGAUGUGGGACCUCCUGUUAUUCAUUGCAGUGCUGGUAUUGGGCGAUCUGGAACUUUUUGUUUAGUGGAUACUGCGUUGUUAAAAGCAGAGCAAGAUGGUAAACCGGAUUUGAUUGACGUCAAGAAUCUUCUCCUUCAUUUACGACGAUAUAGAGUAGGCCUUGUGCAAACGCCCGAGCAGUUAAGAUUUUCGUACCUGGCAAUUAUCCAGGGAAUCGCCCGGAUGUAUCCGGAGGUUUUCAAAUUUGAGGAGCAAGAAACUGGGGCUUCACAUAAACGCAAGGUAGAGGAUGAUGAACCCCCGCCAAUACCGCCCAGGAAACCGCCAAGACGGUUUGAAAAUGUCCCAACGACGGCAGCAGAAGAGUCUGAGAAGCAACAGAAAAUGGUAAAAAACCUGCAAGAUGGCGUUGUAGACGAGUCUUCAGAAGAAGAUGGCAGUGAGGAGGAAGUUCUAGAUUUAUCUGGGUCAGAAGAAGAAGAAAGCGGCGAGGAGGAAGUUGUAGAGCUUUACGAAACGGAUGAAGAGGAAGAUGAAAUAUCAAAUGAACAAGUGUCAGGAAAAGAGGCGGGGGAUGAAAUUAAGGAUAACACUUUAGAGACAUAUGGAACUGAUGAUGAAGAGACUGAAACUUUUGAGAGUAGCAUUCCAGUGCCACCUGUUCCAUUGAAUAAACCGUUGCCGCCAUUGCCGGAUGAAGCUAAAGGCAGCUCAUCAGAUCACGAAACAGAACCAGAAUCAAACGCCGGAGAAGGAACUAAAGCAACGGACAGUGGUUGUUCAAAAACGGAGAAACUUCUUCCUGUGUUCACUGAAGAAGAUGAAGAGGACUCGAUAAGCAAGUCGAAGAAUACUACUGAAAAACAAACAUUGACUUCUAGUGAACUUGAAAUAAAACAGGGGUCUCAUGCAAGACUUAAUGAAGGACUUCACCAUGGGUCGAAGGGUGGACCCAAUGUAGGGGAUCAUAAUGAGCCUGAAAGUAGGCCAUUGCGAGAAGUGAGCGAUUCUUCAAAAGAAACUUCUGAGGAUACUUCUACAGUCAAAGAGAUUCCUCAAGCAAGUGGCAGCAGAGAAGAGGAAGACAAGGCAAGAGAGGAAAGAGAACUACGUCAGAGGAAAAGACGUGACGAACGGAACCAGCAGACUACUGAAACAAUAGAAAGAAUCAAGCGAAAGAUGCAAGAGCAGAAAAUUGCUGCUGCCAGAAAUGUGCUGUUCAAGAAAAGCCUAAUUGCAUUAGCGAUCACUGCAGGUCUGCUUGCUGGCUACUAUUGGCUCUUUGGGUAGCAAGUUCAUAUACGAAGAGGGUGAUGGUCAAUCGGAUUAUUCUAGGGGUCAACAAGUUUGUAUUUUGAUAAUAAAAGGGUGAUAGUUGGUAUUAGACCCAUCCUUAUACUCUUUUGCCAUUGAUUAAUAAAUAUGAUUCCUUUUACACGUUCUUCGAAGAUGGGUUUACUAGGGAUAACAGAUUUUCUUCUGUAAAAGUCUUAGUCAGUACAAGGUAUCAGCAAAUUCGUCAACCUGAAGGUAUUGUCUUCAUCGUCCAUCUGCGAAAUCAGUCCUUGCUUCAGAGGAUAGAGUUCAGUUUUUUGUAAUGUUACACAGAUGUUUUUUUUAAAUUCCUUUAUUCGUCGUAUCUUCGCAAGUUACUCUUACACAAAUAUCUGGCAUGUGUAUUAGGAGCCCAAACUGAAAGAUGCAAACAUUGAUGGGCCUAAAAGACAUCAGAAUCUGUUCACGUUUUGCCUAGAUGGCACCCUUAUCGCCGAAAAAAAAAAAUUAUUUGCCAUCUGAGACGUAUUUUGAAAGUCGAAUACUUUUUCUUUGGAAAAAGUUGCUGAAGUCAGAACUUUUGUUAUGGCUAGGAAGAUAUUUGUAUCUAAGAGAGUAACUGCGUGCAAGUAAUUUCAAACAUGCCAUUGCAACUCCCUAGCAAUUUUCUCUGCAAAUUGCACCUUAGAAUAUUUGGACCUUUUCUAAUGCUUAAAAACGUUUUUUUAAAUUAGGUAUUUUGUUUUUAUUUAGCUAUGUUUAUAGCUAUUUAAGGAAAAGUUGUUUAAAAACGAUUAUGUAUGUGAGAUUUGCCAGGAUUUUCAAUUUUUUGUUA